UUGACGCACAUACUCACCCCAUAUGGGAAGGUGACAGAGUUCACGAGUUCGCCAUGAAGCUGGCGGGAGCGACCUACAUGGACGUCCACCAGAUGGGCGGGGGGAUCAACUUCACAGUCCGCCACACCCAGCAGGCCAGUGAGGUCACGCUCUACUCGUCCUUGACCUCCCGCCUACGUCAGAUGGUCAGCUCCGGCACCACGCUGGUCGAGUGUAAGAGCGGAUACGGCCUGGACCUGGAGAACGAGGUGAAGAUGCUGCGGGUUCUAGACCAGGCGAGGCGGAGGGAGAAGAUCGAUGUCUCGUCCACCUACUGCGGUGCUCACGCCGUGCCUGUAGGCAAAAGCGCCCAAGAAGCAACCGAUGAUAUCAUCAGCCACCACAUCCCACACAUCCAAAGUCUGAUGGCCUCGGGCGAGAUGCAUGUGGACAACAUUGAUGUGUUCUGUGAGAGGGGCGUCUACGAUGUCACGCAGUCCCGCGCUAUUUUAAUGGCGGGGAAAAAUGCCGGGCUUCAGAUAAACUUUCACGGUGAAGAGCUACAUAGACUUCAUUCAGCAGAGAUGGGAGUUGAACUCGGUGCCAAAGCUAUCAGCCAUUUGGAAGAAAUUUCCGAGGAAGGCAUUCAAGCCAUGGCAGGUUCGGACACUGUGGCAGUCGUCCUCCCCACCACGGCCUACAACCUGCGCCUGCGGCCACCCCCUGUCCGGGCGAUGAUAGACGCAGGGGUCAUCGUGGCCCUGGGGACAGACUUCAACCCGAAUGCCUAUUGUUUAGACAUGCCCCUUGUGAUGAACCUAGCCUGUGUCACAAUGAAAAUGUCGAUGCCGGAAGCGCUGGCAGCUGCCACACUUAACUCCGCCCACGCCCUGGGGAGAUCCACCAGCCACGGGUCCAUCGAGGUGGGAAAGUGGGGCAACCUGAUUCUGCUGGACACACCCAGUUGGGAGCAUUUAAUCUACCAAAUGGGCAACAGCAGAAAUGUCAUUUCAUCUGUCAUCUGGCAUGGAGAAGUAGUGUAUGACAGAAGCAAACAGUAGAUGCGGUGCUAUCUCCUAUCUGUACAGUGUUGUUGUCUUUGUCGCAACACUGACUCUGUCCAAAUUAAAAAUACAUCACUGAUAUUGUCAAAGAUGCUAUACUGAUCUGUAUUUUUGUUUACUGAUAUUAAGAUUUACAAAAGUGUGAGGUUUAGUUA